CGUAGCGGCCACCCGCGGGGACUUGUCUGGAUUCUACAACUGGGUCUAAAGAAAGGCUCAAAAGUGAUAUAUAUCUCUGAACCGUUACCGUAUCUGUCUCGGCCAUCGCCUUCUAUCCUCUCCCUCCAUUCAAUCCUCUUUCUUUAUUCUCUUUCCGUUGUCAGAUCUGUCCAUUUUUCUUCCACUUCGUUUCAAUUUUCAUAUGCUGCUUACGCUGCACGACGUUGUUUUGGUUGGCCUCUCUGCAUCGAAGCAAGGAACCGAAUUGGGUUAGACUUGUUAAGCAAGAAAUGAAUAGGAAAUUUCAAAUUCAAGAAUCGGGUUCGUUGGAGGGGAAGUGCAAAGUGAUUUGCUUUUUUCGAUUUAAUGGGUUGCAUCCUCUAGUUGAUUGAAUUACCCUAUUUAGAUAAUGAGAUGAAAAGGCUAUUGCAGUUGGUGGCUGUUGUCCUCAUGUACAGAAUCAAUUGGAAAAAACUGUUCGUUGUUGUAGCCAUAAUGACAACAGCUGGUAUGGUACUUCAAACCUAUACACUUCCUUAUCCAAUGGCGACCUGGUUCCUCCCUCCACAAACGAUGGUCUCUUCCUACAAAUCCUUGAAUGGUAGUACCGUUCAUUUGACCGAGACCCUUUCGUUGGAAAGUGCCGAGCAGUUUCAACUUGUUCCUACUGCCCCUGUUGUGUCUUUGAAUUCUUCCACUGAAUUGGUUAAGUCAGUGCCAAUUGUUGAAGAGAGAGCUCAAGUUUCUCCAAGGAAAAAUCCUUCAUCCAGAAGGAGAAGGAAGAACGCAAAGAUUGACAAAACCAAUGAGCAAAAGGUUGUAUUUCAUCCGCCUCCACCCAGAACUGUGCCCACUCGUUUGCAGAGAUAUAUUUGGUCAUUGCCACCUGAUGAGGCCCUUUUAUUUGCUAAAAGGGAGAUCCAGAAUGUCUCAACUGUUACUGAUGAUCCUGAGCUGUAUGCCUCUUUAUUCCACAAUGUUUCUGUUUUCAAAAGGAGUUAUGAAUUGAUGGAAACCAUACUUAAAGUCUACAUUUACCCAGAUGGAGCAAGACCCAUUUUUCAUGCACCCCAUCUCAGAGGAAUUUAUGCUUCUGAAGGGUGGUUUAUGAAGUUAAUGGAGGAAAACAGGCAGUUUGUCACAAGGGACCCAAAAAAGGCUCACUUGUUUUAUCUUCCAUACAGUGCACGCCAGCUGGAGACGGCACUCUAUGUGCCCAAUUCACAUAAUAUCAGACCACUGUCGAUCUUCUUAAGGGACCAUGUGAACAUGAUUGCAGCAAAGUAUCCUUUCUGGAACCGCACACAUGGAUCAGACCAUUUUUUAGUUGCUUGCCACGACUGGGGCCCUUACACAGUGAAUGAACACCAGGAGCUGAGCAGAAACACCAUAAAAGCUCUUUGCAAUGCUGAUCUAUCAGAAGGCAUAUUUGUUAAAGGGAAAGAUGUUUCCCUUCCAGAAACUACCAUUAGGAAUCCAAGGCGCCCUCUAAGAAAUGUUGGUGGAAGACGAGUAUCACAGCGUCCAAUUCUUGCUUUUUUUGCUGGAAACAUGCAUGGUAGGGUUCGCCCCACCCUUCUCAAGUACUGGUCUGAUAAAGAUGAAGACAUGAGGAUUUAUGGACCACUACCCAAUAGAAUCUCCAGAAAAAUGUCCUAUAUUCAGCAUAUGAAAUCAAGCAGAUUCUGUAUUUGCCCAAUGGGAUAUGAAGUGAACAGCCCCAGGAUUGUUGAGGCAAUAUAUUAUGAGUGUGUCCCAGUGAUCAUAGCCGAUAACUUUGUCCCUCCACUCAACAAUGUGUUGGAUUGGACUGCAUUUUCUGUAAUUGUGGCUGAGAAGGAUAUACCCAAACUGAAGGAAAUCCUUUUGGCUAUUCCAUUGAGACGGUACCUUGUAAUGCAAACAAACGUGAAGAUGGUGCAGAAGCAUUUUCUCUGGAACCCAAAACCAGUCAGAUAUGAUUUGUUCCACAUGGUUCUGCAUUCAAUUUGGUUUAGUAGGCUGAACCAGAUUCAAAUCUCAGUGUCUUAGAAAAUUCUUGGUGAUGAAUGCUAGUUCUUGAAGUCGAGCUUAUUUUGGAAUAGGAAUUGAGUAGGGUUAAAACUAGUGACUAGGGUAAUAUGUGUUCCAAUUACUGAGAUGUGAUGUUGAAGGAAUGCUACAGCACCAGUUGCCCUGGGUCUACGUUUGAUAAUCGGAAAAUCAAGUUGUAUUAAGCUCAAAACUGGGAUAAUAUCAUCAGAUGGGAGUAAUGGUGAUGGUCAGAAUGAGGAUUUCACAACGCAGGAAGACAGCGUUUGAAUCUUUGUAGCAAUUUAUUGGACCAAAUCCAGAGAUGCUGAGGUAGUCUUGGAAUCAUACUUUGUACACUAAUGUAUAGACCUGAAAAAAAAAAAAAAAAAGGAAAAAAGAAAAAAGAAAAGAAUGGGCAUACAGGUUUAUCAUUUUUCACAAUGUUGUAUAAGAUGAUUAUAGUCACUUGAAAUGAGAAAAAACUUGAUGACAUGGAUUUGUUCUCUGAAUGCUGAUACAUGAGUUAUUUUAACUUGAUACAUGAACGUGUUCAAGAUCGGCCCUAUACCUUCAUUGUAUGAACCAUUCCAUGGUUGGAAUUUGUAUCUAAAAUAUGGAGUUUCUGCUUCCAUUUUCACUC